AUGGAAAACGGCAAUUCCUCCGGCGACACCAAGUCUUCACCUAAACCGAUCCGUUGCAAAGCGGCGGUUAGUAGGAAGGCUGGAGAGCCGCUAGUGAUGGAAGAAAUCAUGGUUGCUCCGCCGCAGCCUUGCGAGGUUCGGAUCCGAAUCAUCUGCACAACUCUGUGCUACAGUGACAUCACCUUCUGGAAACUCCAAGUUCCUCCAGCCUGCUUUCCGAGGAUUCUAGGCCACGAGGCAAUUGGAGUAGUUGAAAGUGUGGGUGAAAACGUGACGGAAGUUGUAGAAGGAGACACCGUGCUACCGACGUUCAUGUCGGACUGCGGCGACUGUGUUGACUGCAAAUCCCACAAAAGCAACUUAUGCAGCAAGUUCCCUUUCAAGGUAUCGCCAUGGAUGCCAAGAUACGAAAACUCCAGCAGAUUCACUGACCUCAACGGCAACACUCUGUUUCAUUUCUUAAACGUCUCCAGCUUCAGCGAAUACACUGUUCUUGAUGUGGCUAACGUCGUUAAGAUAGAUCCUUCUAUUCCUCCUAGCCAUGCUUGUCUCUUUAGUUGCGGAGUCUCCACCGGUGUUGGUGCUGCUUGGGAAACAGCUAAAGUUGAAAAAGGAUCAACUGUUGUCAUUUUUGGACUUGGUUCUAUCGGAUUAGCGGUUGCUGAGGGUGCAAGACUUUGUGGUGCCUCUCGAAUUAUUGGUGUUGAUGUAAACCCUUCCAAAUUCGAACUUGGCCAAAAAUUUGGAGUAACUGAGUUUGUAAACUCUAAAACAUGCGAAAACAAGCGUGUGAGCGAGGUUAUCAAUGAGAUGACUAGUGGGGGAGCAGACUAUUGCUUCGAGUGUGUUGGAAGCAGUUCUCUGGUUCAAGAAGCUUAUGCUUGCUGUAGACAGGGAUGGGGGAAGACGAUAACUCUAGGUGUGGACCAGCCGGGUUCACAGAUAUGUCUAGACUCGUUCGAUGUGCUUCACCACGGGAAGAUUCUGAUGGGUUGUUUGUUUGGAGGUUUGAAGGCAAAAACACACAUUCCUCUUCUUCUGAAACGCUACUUGAGCAAUGAGCUUGAGUUGGAUAAGUUUGUGACACAUGAAAUGAAAUUCGAAGAGAUCAACAACGCAUUCCAGCUACUCCUUGAAGGGAAAUGUAUCCGCUGUGUCUUGUGGAUGGGCUAA